GCAGAUUUUGUGUGUUUGUGUGUGCCAGCUAAAGAAACAAGAAGGCACAAUGCAUUUUUUUCCUCCAACCAAAUCAAUCGGAGUAGUGCUAUCCCGGGGAAAUGAAGGAUGCUGGAGCAGUUGCGAGGAAGGGGGAAUUUGAGCCAGUGCCUUUUAUACAAGAUGCUGCAUUGGCACUCAAGCAUUCUUUUUAAAUUCAACCCUCUCUUAAAGAUGACUUCUAAGAGACUGAGAAAGAUGUUUAUUUUCAUUUUGGUUUUGGUCUUUGCUGGAUUCUGUUUAUUUUACAAGCUGACUUCUAUUGAAAGUUGCAAAUUCUGUCAAACAAACAAUAAGAAUAUUUUAUUUAAAAGGGCAGGUGGACACUUUUUGCACCUGCCAAAUAUAGAUUGUGGUAGAAAUUCUCCAUUCCUGGUAAUUCUUGUAACAUCAUCACCUGACAGCCAAUCAGACACCCGGAUGGCUAUCCGUGACACAUGGGGCAAAGAAAAUAUAAUUGCCAACAAACACAUUGUGACACUUUUUCUUCUGGGAAUUAGUUUGAAUAACAAUAAUCAGAUUGCUGUUACUGCUGAAAGUCAAAAAUAUAAAGACAUCAUCCAAAAGGAUUUUAUAGAUACCUAUUACAAUUUAACAUUAAAGACCAUGAUGGGCAUUGAGUGGGUUCACAAGUACUGUCCACAAUCUAGCUUUGUCAUGAAAACGGACUCUGAUGUGUUUGUCAAUCCCUACUACCUAACAGAACUUCUUUUAAAGAAAAACAGGACUAUCAGAUUCUUCACUGGGUUUUUAAAACUGAAUGAGCAUCCAAUACGAGGAACUUCCAGCAAGUGGUAUGUGAGCAACUAUGAAUUUCCAGGAAAUAACUACCCUCCUUUUUGUUCAGGGACUGGUUAUGUUUUAUCCACUGAUGUUGCUAAUCAGGUGUAUAAUGUUUCCCAAAAUAUCCCUUUCAUCAAACUUGAAGAUGUUUUUGUAGGUCUGUGCCUUGCCGAACUCAAUAUUAUACCAGAAGAACUCCAUUCAAAGCAAACAUUCUUUCCAGACGGAGUCACAUUUUCUGUAUGUCGCUUCAAGAAAAUUGUGACAAGCCAUUUUGUCAAACCUUAUGACUUGCUGGUCUACUGGAACGCACUGGAAACAUCAAUGGAUAAAGAGUGUUCAAGUGACUGAUAUAUUUUAACCAUCAAAAACAGUCUCAAAUUAAUAAAGACAGAGAUCUUGCAAUCUUGACAUUACUACUGCUACCAGAAUCCACAUAGUAAAAGAAGCUCUCAUAGUACAAAUAAAUUCCAUUCCAAUUUA